GGCGGCCGCACAGCCUGGUUCCCCGCGCCCUGCUCGCCGCCGCCGCUCGCACAAGCCCCGCUGCUGGCCCUCGCCCCACCGAGCGCACCCACCGGCGCACGCACCCCGGCAGCCGGGUGCACCCCAGCGCACGCCCCCCGCGGUUCCACCGGGCUCCCGAGCCGGGCAGAUGCGCCGCCGCGCGCCCCCCCGCCCCGGGCCCGCCACCGUGCUCCGCCACGCGCGGGGGGCGCCUCUCCCGGGCCCCCCUGGGUGCCCUGCGGCUCCGGUUCUCUCCCGCUCCUUGGAAUAACCUCUGAGGCUCCAGCCGUCGUUGCAAAGUUUCCCGAGGAGACCCGCCUCCCCGGCCGCUGCGCAGGUGAGAAGGCAGGGAAGAGUUGAGAAGAACGACUCCUUUUUGGACAGACAAGACCAGGGGGUGAGGCAGGAAUAACGUGUCCCCCGCCUCCCCAGCAAGAAAACCUUCUCUCAGACAGGAGCAGCUGAGCAGCUCUGAGCCCUCCACCCAGCAUCUGCCCAAAGAGGCAUGUGGGGCCUGACAGCUCAGCGGUGCAUGUCGGCGGCUCCCGCCCCGCCGUGAACAUCUGAACUCCUCCGCGGGGUAAUGGACCCCCCUCUUCCCCCUGGAGACACAGCCUGAGUGGCAGGAAUAGUGAUUCUUUGGAGACGGGCUCCCUCUUAGCUCUGUCACGCAAGAACGCUCUCUGCACGGCAGCCCAUUCUGCCAAGUGACUUAAAGGGAUUUAAAAAACACAAAACUUGGUGAAGAAAAGGGGGUGAAAGCCACGUAGAAGCCUUUCAGAGAAGGUGGCGGCCACUGGACAAAAGGGCAAAAGUUGAAAGGAGGCCGAGGUCUCCCUCCCCUGGAUGGGUUCCUGGCUGUAGGGCAUGCCUGGGGGGGCCAUAACACCCUCAGGCUGUGCACAGGAGUCCCAGGGCCUUGGGGGAGCGCCCCUGUGGGCUCCUCAUGCAUGCCCCUCACUCCAGAGGGAAAGGCCAGCAGCAGGGGCAGCCUAGGUCACAGAGGAUGCAGGUCCAGAUCCACAGCCACAUCUGAACACCAGGAGCCCAGCAGAGCGAGCACAGGGCCUCUCCCCAUGCUCUGGGGCACCCCCAGCGCCACCCAAUGCCCCAGAUCUGCAGUCUGCAACCCAAGCGUCAGGGCCACGGGGCCUGAAUGUGACGCAGCCCAGGCCCAGUGGACCAGAGCAGAGGCAUCCAGAGCAGAGCUCCCAGCCAGACCCAGCAGGCUCCAGGUCGCAGCUAAGGAGGUAUAGUGGCUCCAAAUCAGGUGAGGCCCGGCUCCCUCAGCCGUCCACCAUGGUGGUGGCACACCCCACCGCCACUGCCACCACCACACCCGCUGCCACCGUUACGGCCACCGUUGUGAUGACCACAGCCACCAUGGACCUGCGGGACUGGCUUUUCCUCUGCUACGGGCUCAUCGCCUUCCUGACAGAGGUCAUUGACAGCACCACCUGCCCCUCAGUGUGCCGCUGUGACAACGGUUUCAUCUACUGCAACGACCGGGGCCUCACCUCCAUCCCUGCUGACAUUCCCGACGACGCCACCACCCUCUACCUGCAGAACAACCAGAUCAACAAUGCCGGCAUCCCCCAGGACCUCAAGACCAAGGUCAACGUGCAGGUCAUCUACCUGUAUGAGAAUGACCUGGACGAGUUCCCGGUCAAUCUGCCCAGCUCCCUGCGGGAGCUGCACCUGCAGGACAACAACGUGCGCACCAUCGCUAGGGACUCACUAGCCCGCAUUCCACUGCUGGAGAAGCUGCACCUGGACGACAACUCCGUGUCCACCGUCAGCAUCGAGGAGGACGCUUUCGCCGACAGCAAGCAGCUCAAGCUGCUCUUCCUGAGCCGGAACCACCUGAGCAGCAUCCCCUCGGGGCUGCCCCGCACACUGGAGGAGCUGCGGCUGGACGACAACCGCAUCUCCACCAUCCCGCUGCACGCCUUCAAGGGCCUCAACAGCCUGCGGCGGCUGGUGCUCGAUGGCAACCUGCUGGCCAACCAGCGCAUCGCCGACGACACCUUCAGCCGCCUGCAGAACCUCACCGAGCUCUCGCUGGUGCGCAACUCUCUGGCCGCGCCCCCCCUCAACCUGCCCAGCGCCCACCUGCAGAAGCUUUACCUGCAGGACAAUGCCAUCAGCCACAUCCCCUACAACACGCUGGCCAAGAUGCGUGAGCUGGAGCGCCUGGACCUGUCCAAUAACAACCUCACCACACUGCCCCGCGGCCUGUUCGACGACCUGGAGAGCCUGGCCCAGCUGCUGCUCCGGAACAACCCCUGGUUCUGCGGCUGCAAUCUCAUGUGGCUGCGGGACUGGGUGAAGGCGCGGGCGGCCGUGGUCAACGUGCGGGGCCUCAUGUGCCAGGGCCCCGAGAAGGUCCGGGGCAUGGCCAUCAAGGACAUCACCAGUGAGAUGGACGAGUGCUUCGAAACAGGGUCCCAGAGCGGAGCAGCCAGUGCUGCUGCCAAGACCACGGCCAGCAACCACGCCUCUGCCACCACACCCCAGGGCUCACUCUUCACCCUCAAGGCCAAGAGGCCAGGGCUGCGCCUCCCUGACUCCAACCUUGACUAUCCCAUGGCCACAGGCGAUGGCACCAAGACCCUGAUCAUCCAUGUGAAGCCCCUGACGGCGGACUCCAUCCGCAUCACAUGGAAGGCCAUGCUCCCCGCUUCCUCCUUCCGGCUCAGCUGGCUGCGUCUGGGCCACAGCCCAGCCCUGGGCUCCAUCACAGAGACCCUGGUGCAGGGGGACAAGACAGAGUACCUGCUGACAGCCCUGGAGCCCAAGUCCACCUAUAUCAUCUGCAUGGUCACCAUGGAGACUGGCAACACCUAUGUGGCUGAUGAGACGCCCGUGUGUGCCAAGGCAGAGACAGCCGACAGCUACGGCCCCACCACCACGCACAACCAGGAACAAAACGCAGACCCCAUGGUGAGCCUGCCCUUGGCAGGCAUCAUCAGCGGUGCCGUGGCUCUCGUAUUCCUCUUCCUGGUCCUCGGGGCUAUCUGCUGGUACGUGCACCGGGCUGGUGAGCUGCUGACCCGGGAGCGGGCCUACAAUCGGGGCAGCCGGAAAAAGGACGACUAUAUGGAGUCGGGGACCAAGAAGGAUAACUCCAUCCUGGAAAUCCGUGGCCCUGGGCUGCAAAUGCUGCCCAUCAACCCUUACCGCGCCAAAGAGGAGUACGUAGUCCACACCAUCUUCCCCUCCAAUGGCAGCAGCCUCUGCAAGGGCACGCACACCAUCGGUUACGGCACCACGCGGGGCUACCGGGACGGCGGCAUCCCUGACAUAGACUACUCCUACACAUGAUGCCGGCCGCCCGGCUGCCCCACCCGGUGCCGCCUCCUCCUGUCUGGCCAGCUCGCCACCAUCUGACAGAGCAGGAAAGGAAGUCAGUCCACAGUGACUUCCCAGCAGAAAGCAAAGUUUAGGGAGAGCUGACAAUUUUGUAGAACACAGUGAAAAGAAAAAAACAUUUUUUUUUAAGAAUUGAAGGCAGGAGGGGGAUCUGACGUUGCUGAAGACAUAAUUUAUACCAAAUUAUGCCAGCUGGGGAGGGGAAGGACUAAAAAUAAUAUCGCAGGAAGGGUUGGUUGGGUUUUUUCUCCUGAACUGGAAGGAUGCUACCUGUACAAUGUCUGUGUACACCUCACACUCUGUC